AUGUUAUCCCCCAUCGGUACAUCCAUCCCUCACAUAUGCAUCUCGCCUGCUUCGCCAGAGAAGGUAUCUCCAGAGCCGUACUGUCUGUUUCUCUCCGCAGACCCAGAUCAGGAUGAUAGCGGGUACCGGCAGAAGUUGUUGAGUCCCCAGUGUCACUUUCCAAACAUGUUCCCCAGGCAUCCGUCUCCUCUUCGUCCUGCAGACUGUCCUCCUCCCAAGGGGCUUCAUCGUGAUCAGUUUGAUCUGCUUCUCAAAGUGUCGCGUGACAAGAGAGCUGCGCUCAGUUCUAGAAAGGUUCCUGAUCUCCGCAAGGAACUUGCCAUCAAGAACCAGAGGAAUAAGCAACUCGAGCGUCGUGCACUCUUCCUGUCCAGAAUUCAGGAACCUCCGUCGUCCACUGCAGUUCCGACACCCAAAAUCCCUGUUGAGUUCUCUGCCGUUAACCAUUGCACACUCCCACCUGGCGGCCUCGAGUCACCAUUGGCGUUCUUCAACUCAUUAGCUGGGGGGCUUAAUGGUCAGACUGGAAAAGACCUCGCCAGGCGCCGCACGUGGUUCGAACAGGUGGAUUGUCGUCUGCCUAUCAGCAAACCCAAGACAGACCUGAAGUUGGGUAGUCGCAAACUUCCAUCGUUGGAAGAUAUCAUCGCCCGCGUUAGACCAGUUCUUCCUCCCCCAUCAAUGGCCAACGAUCCUAUAUUCGCUACACCCCGUCCUUCCAUGUUCCUAAGGAGCGGCAAGAACGCAUCAUCCACACGGUCCGUCUCAGAUACGAACCCCCAUAUCAACAUCGGCAGAUUACAUAUGCCCGUCAGGCGUCGUCAGAGCAGCGACUCUCUUCCCGAUAUGCUGCUGAACGUAACGCCCCGCUCUCCAUGUUGCCCCAACAUCGAGAUAACCACCACCGCUCCUCCUCGUACUCGCAGUAAUGCGAAGUACGCGUUCACUGAGUACAAUGUACAUGCCCUUGGCCGAGCCAACACUGCUCGUGAAAUGAUGACCACCAUCAAACGUCGCACGUCCCCUCCUCCCCUAGAUCUUGCAGAUAAUCAACUUAGGCCAAAGAGGCAUAGUGCACCUGCGGAGAUGCAACUCAGGGAACGCUCUGGCUUUGAAGCAUCCAAACUUGUCAUUGCCUGGGGCUUUCUGAACACUUGGACAUUUUGGACUUCUUUGUGGUACUGCCGUGCAGUUGCUUUCAUGGACAGCUUCUUGGACCUAGUCUUUUCCUUAGUGUAG